ACCAGCCCUAUAAAAUCCAUUUAAACUCACAGCAUGAUUAUAUGGGAUCAGAAACGAUGGCUGUAAUGCAGAAAAUUAUUCAGCUUAUUGGCCUUGUCAACACAAUGUUUAGUCAGUUCAAAUUGACUGUGAUACUAUCCGCCUUGGAAUUGUGGUCAGAUAAAAACCAAAUUUCUACUAAUGGGGAUGCUGAUGAUUUAUUACAAAGAUUUUUGACGUGGAAACAGGACUAUCUUAUCCUACGGCCCCAUGACGUAACAUUCUUACUUAUUUACAGGAAACAGCCUAAAUAUGUGGGAGCAACAUUUCCUGGCACAAUAUGCAAUAAAAGUUGUGAUGCAGGUAUUGCUGUGUAUCCAGGUGCAAUAACGUUGGAGGGAUUUUCCGUUAUUAUAGCUCAACUGCUUGGCCUUAAAAUAGGAUUAACAUAUGAUGACAUCCAUAAAUGUUCCUGUCCAAGCGCUAUGUGCAUAAUGAAUCAUGAAGCAGUGUAA